AUGCGUUAUUUCUUACUAUUUAUCAUAUUGGUUGUAGUCGGUGUAAUAACGGCAUUACCAACUUCUACCGGGAAUGCGGAAAAGGGAACGAAUUUGUUAGAAGUCGCUGAUGCUGGAGACUUACAUUCCAAUGAUGGCGUUCGUGAAGCCCGUCAUUGGGGAGGCGGAUGGGGAGGCUGGGGCGGUGGUUGGGGUGGUCGCUGGGGUGGAUGGGGCGGCGGUUGGGGUGGUCGCUGGGGUGGAUGGGGAGGUGGCGGAUGGGGAGGCUGGGGUGGUCGCAGAUGGGGAGGAGGCUGGGGUGGAUGGGGAGGUGGUUGGGGAUAA